AUGGCUUCUUCAACCGAUGAGACUUGGUACCUACCAGCUGACACAGCUCCCCACCAGAGCCUUCUUAUGGCUUACCCCAAUACCACAUCUGAUAAUACUGGCAGUUUGCUUGAAAAUGCACAAGACGAAAUAAUCAGCAUUGCAAAUGCCAUUGCAGAAUUCGAGCCUGUCAUACUCUUAUCAAGCUCUGAAACUCUAGCCAGUGUCAAAUCCAGAGUGAAUCAGAAUGUUACCGUCCUGUGCGUUGAGCAAACGAGCCAUCUGUGGAUUCGAGACUUUGGCCCUAUUUUUGUUAAAUCUCGGAGCGGAAAAUCCAUCCGUGGCGUCGAUUUUAACUUCAACUACUGGGGAGCAAAACGUUCACCAUCUGGAGACGAAUUUAUCGCCAAAAUCGCGACCGAGCAUAUUACUGGUGGCGCCAAUUUGCGUGCGGAUAUUGUUGCCGAGGGCGGUGCAAUGGAAGUCGACGGUGAAGGCACCUUUAUGGCCGCUGAAAGUGCUAUUAUCAAUGAUAACAGGAACCCCGGUAAGACCAGAGGCCAGAUUGAGGAUGAGCUGGCACGGCUGUUGGGGGUUCAUAAGUUUCUUUGGCUUGCCGGCGAGGUUGGUAAGGAGACAACGGACUGUCACAUCGACGCCCUGGCGCGAUUUGUCCGUCCCGGAGUUGUUCUCUUAAGCAAGCCAUCACCUCAAGGUCCCGGAAAAUAUAUCGCCGCAUACACGGACGCCAAGGCGAGGUUAUCUACAGCUACUGACGCCCUAGGCAAUAAAUUAGUGUUACAUGAUUGCCUUGAGCCUGAUUUAGACAAGCUGGAAAACAUUUCUAAAGGAGCGAAUUGUGUAGCUUCCUAUGUCAACUUCUUGGCUGUCAACGGAGGGAUCAUAAUUCCUCGAUUCGGCGACGAGGACAGAGACCUUCAAGCUUUUCAAUUAUUCGAAACACUGUUUCCUGAUCGGAAAGUUGUACAGGUUUAUAUUCACGCGUUACCACAUAUAGGGGGAGGAAUCCAUUGUGCGACUCAACAGGUCCCUGCCCUUACUUAA